UUGUGUUGUUUUUCAUCCAGUGAAAUGGCUCGUACCAAGCAGACAGCUCGCAAGUCCACUGGCGGCAAGGCCCCGCGCAAGCAGCUGGCCACCAAAGCUGCUCGCAAGAGCGCCCCAGCGACUGGCGGCGUGAAGAAGCCUCACCGCUACCGGCCCGGCACCGUGGCGCUGCGCGAGAUCCGGCGCUACCAGAAAUCCACCGAGCUGCUGAUCCGCAAGCUGCCGUUCCAGCGCCUGGUGCGCGAGAUCGCGCAGGACUUUAAGACCGACCUGCGCUUCCAGAGCUCGGCCGUCAUGGCGCUGCAGGAGGCGAGCGAGGCCUACCUGGUGGGGCUGUUCGAGGACACCAACCUGUGCGCCAUCCACGCCAAGCGCGUCACCAUCAUGCCCAAGGACAUCCAGCUGGCCCGCCGCAUCCGCGGGGAGCGGGCCUGGCCGUUAGGGAUGGGCGGGAUGAAGCAGUGGUGGCGCAAUUUAGCCUCCGAAGCCAUACAGGGUGCGGCCCUGGCGCUUGAGCGCGUAGACUACAUCCAUGGCGGUGACGGUCUUGCGCUUGGCGUGCUCGGUGUAGGUGACGGCGUCGCGGAUCACGUUCUCCAGGAACACCUUCAGCACCCCGCGGGUCUCCUCGUAGAUGAGGCCGGAGAUGCGCUUGACACCACCACGUCGCGCCAAGCGGCGGAUGGCGGGCUUGGUGAUGCCCUGGAUGUUGUCACGCAAGACCUUGCGUCUGUGGGUUGCUGGACCGCACGAAAGCUAAAAGGACAAAAGACUGGAGAAAGAGAAAGGGAAUUCAGAGACGAAAAGGGGACACGCCGCAUCGAAGGCCCCGAGCUACGGUUAGAGAAGACCGCUGCAAAAGUCCAGCAGCGAGGGUACCAUAAUCGGAAGCUGCGGAGCCAGGAAUGUGUGUGCAAGGGCCAGUUCGCGGGCGGUUCUGAGUGUUUUACCGACUCCUCCACACCUUCGAAUUCUGUUUAUUCCUUUUUGGAAAUUGAAGUGCAGCAGAAGGGCCACCAGGCGCCUGCAAGCCAAAGUCGCAAAAACAUGGCUCGCACCAAGCAGACGGCCCGCAAGUCCACCGGCGGCAAGGCCCCGCGCAAGCAGCUGGCCACCAAGGCUGCCCGCAAGAGCGCGCCGGCCACGGGCGGCGUCAAGAAGCCGCACCGCUACCGGCCCGGCACCGUGGCUCUGCGCGAGAUCCGGCGCUACCAGAAGUCCACCGAGCUGCUGAUCCGCAAGCUGCCGUUCCAGCGCCUGGUGCGCGAGAUCGCGCAGGACUUCAAGACCGACCUGCGCUUCCAGAGCUCGGCCGUCAUGGCGCUGCAGGAGGCGAGCGAGGCCUACCUGGUGGGGCUGUUCGAGGACACCAACCUGUGCGCCAUCCACGCCAAGCGCGUCACCAUCAUGCCCAAGGACAUCCAGCUGGCCCGCCGCAUCCGCGGGGAGCGGGCCUAAGUUACGCUUCUGGAAAAUCGACGUUAAAAGGCUCUUUUCAGAGCCACCUAUGUUGUCAUUAAGAGCAGCUGUGUCAGCUUUGCACUGAGAAUGAGGCAAGGCCCAAACCUGAUUUUGCAAACGUAUCCCCAAGUGUGUCAGCCCUAGCAGUUGUGAUUGAGGAUUGAAACGUGUAAUUUCGAUCCGCUUAGGUGUGGGUCGAGCCCAGGAAGAGCUCUAGGAGUUCUCGGGUAGAAACAGUCUGUGUUGAUUUCAGUUCAGCCACCAAGUGUGAUAGCCCAGAAAGGGAGGUUAAUUUGUUUCAACCUGGUGCGUUAGGAAAGAAGGAAGAACAGGUGGGGGGGAGCCGCGGCUCUCAUUUACCAGCCUCCAUGAAAUGCAGUGCUGCGAUUGGCUAAGAAGACUGCUCUCUAAUCACCAAACCAAGGCGCGCAGCCAGUGUCUAUUUGCGUAGGCUCCGCCUUCUUGACUCUAACUCGAGAGUAAAUUAGCCAAUAAAAAUGUGGUGCUGUGAGGGCC